UUGCAAACAGUUUGGAUCCAGAUGAGACGCCACAGAACGUGGCGUCUCAUCAGGAACCAAACUGUUUGCUAUUCUGAUAGUAUUCUUUGAAAAAAAUAGAAGAAAAUGCUAAUUUUAGAAAUUCAGCAGACGACAUUUUAGCAGAAGACAAAUUACCCAGCAUGCAAGAGGUUAAUGACAGUCUUGUAAUCUUCAGCAGCUUGUCUCACUUUAUAUCAGCAAUUAAAAAGGAAGUAUUAGAUUUGAAGCGAAGGAAUAACUAUAAGCACUUUACAGUGAAGAGCAUCUUUUGUAAUGAUGCCAAGAAGAGAAUGUGUGCUAAUACAGAUUGUAAAGAAGAUACCACUCAAAGUGUUACAGCCUUGAUGUUACCCAAGAUACUACAGGGAGAUAAAAAAAGGUAUAUCAUGUGUGUCCGACCAUGUCAGGAGAUAUUACAUUUCAUCAUCAGAAGCAUUUGAAGACACAUUUCCUAUCAGGCCAAAUAAAGGCUGAUGGUGGUCUCCUGUAUUCAUGUACUUUGUAAAGAGGACCUUACACACUUGGCUUUUCAUGGGCUGACAAGGAAAAUUUAUUAGGACAGGACAGUUUUAACAAGUCAGAAUAAAGUGAAUUUAACGGCAUGAAUUACAACAAACUGGAAGACAGUUUUGCUGCAAAUAUGCACCUGAAAAUAUCCGUUGUAGGUAACUACCAUGGCAUAAGAUGGAGCUACAAUCAGUAAAUCUGAGUGUGAAAAUAUAAUAUUUGAUGUGUUCGGUGAAAAGCCAAUAAUAUAAAUAUUUUGCUAUUUGUAUUAGAUGGGAACACUUAAAUAUAGUUUUGACAUGACAACACAAACAUGAAAAUUAAGGUGACUUUUAUGUAAAUGAAAUAUUAUCAAGGCAAUUUGUUUACUAUAGCAUACUAGGCAAUCAGAAAAAAAGUUGUAAGAAUCAAAUAAAUGGUGUGGAAUUUACUUAUUUUUUUAGUGAACGUGAAUUGAAUCAGGUUUUUGUGCAAUUAAUUACAUUUUUUUCCCCUCGGCAGACAAAUUGGUCUUGUAAGGAAAACGUCGCAAUUUGACCACACUGUGAUUUCAGCUUGAAAGUUUUGAUUUAUAUGAUGGCAUUUGUAAGAAAUGUUUAUUGCCAUGGGAGAAAAUAAGGCAGAUAAGUUUGCUCUUUAUAAUAAAUUUGCACUUUUGUUAUACUGUGUGAUGUUGAUUAACUUUUGUGGACUGACUGUGAUUUCUUUGUUGUGGAAGUUUAAGGCUGAAGACUAAUCUUACGUAGCAGGAUUUAAGGUUAAUAAGAAAGGAAUAAUACAGGAUUUCCUAAUAAUUGGAUAUGUGACACACACAAACCAACAUUUUUGUUGUGGUUUUCAGGAAGCUUUCUUUCAAAAUAGUUACUACGUCUCAGCAGUAUAUUUCAAGAGGACUGUUAUGGAAUUAUAAGAUGACAGAAUUAUGCAACGAGUUAUGUAAAUUUUGGUAAUAGCAAACUCCAGGGUCCAAUUAUGUAAAUUUUGGUACAAGAAAAUUACAAGAUCCAAUUUUAAUUGGACAUGAAUUUUGGUGUACGACUGUUCUAAAUCUUUGUGAUGGUAUUUAUGAAACAUACCAAAGCAAUAUUGGUAAUUUUGUUGAAAUAAUAUAGAAAGAAACAAUGAAGAUAUACAUGUAAACAGAGAACUUUGCUUUGCAACAAUAGGAUGUGAACUAAGUAAAUCAGGAUAACAUUUGGUUUUAUUUAAAUUUAUUAUAAUUUCCAGUGACAGCUAAACUUGAAGUAAAUAAAUUGGCUUACAUAAUAAAGUGUAAAUUGAAAUUGAUUUUGAAAUAAAACUUGUGUCUAUUUGUUUUGUAAGAUAUAACUAAGGUGAAUGCAUAUUGCCAUCUUGAAUUUAAUGGUACACACAAACUCAAGUUUAUCGAAAUUAAAUUGAAAUAAUAGUGAUAAUUGUGUGGAUUUACUGGUGCAUAUGAACUGAAUUUAAUUGGAAUUACUUAGAAAUAAUUGUGAUAAUUGUGUUCAGCAUGGAGCUGAAAGCGAAUGAAGGAUACUGUGGUACCUCAGAAAAUGCUUGUAAUGGAGGGGUUGGUUUCUACCAGCCAAGUCAUAGAGUCUCCGUAGAAAAUGACAUAGAGAGUGACCGAAACAAUGCGCGAAAUUCGUUCAGCGCAUUCCCGCGAGUAACCACAACUGAUAUGUACAUCGAUGAAAAUGGUCAGACGCACUUGUGUAGAACGUUACCUCAAAAUCAUCACCAUAGAAACAGUCGAACUGAGGAUGUCAAAAUAGUGAAUGGAAAAAAUUGCAGACGGACAUCGUGUUCGCAGAAACUGUGUUUUUAUCGACCUUUGAGUGCCCGUGAGAAAUACCUGGCUGUUAUAUGUGUCCUGCUCUUUCUGUCCUGCAUUGUGUUCAUGCUUGUUGCCUUCGUCAGAGACAAAGCUGCUGGGAAUAACUGUUCCUGUACAGGUGUUGUUCAAGAUUCUGUGACAGCAGAAGUUUGCCUUUCCUACCAUUGCAUACACACAGCUGCCCAGCUGCUGGACUCUAUGGACCUGAGUGUUGACCCCUGUGAGGACUUCUUCCAAUAUGCUUGUGGGAACUGGAACAAGAAGAACUUCAUUCCUGACGACCGAUCCUCCUACAACACCUUUGAAAAACUCUCCGACGACCUUCAGUUGACCUUGAGAGCACUUCUAGAGGAGCCACAGAAUUCCUAUGACAGUAAUGCCACUCUUAAAGCCAAAGUUCUGUAUCAGUCCUGUAUAAAUGUCAGUGAGAUUGAGGCUGUCGGGGAUGUUCCCCUCCGACGGGUGCUAUCUGAGCUGGGGGGUUGGCCAGUGAUCGACGCCUCCUGGCAAGAGUCCAAGUUUGUGCUGGAAGAUGCUCUAGGUGACCUCCGUGGGCAAUACAACGCCCCCAUCCUUGUGGACGUAUGGAUUGGACCGGAUGAUAAGAAUUCUUCAGUAAAUAUUAUACAGUUAGAUGAGCCAAUGCUAGGCAUGCCCAGUCGGGACUACUACCUCCAUGACACAGACUCACCAGACGUGAAGGCCUACCUGCGGUACAUGAGCGACGUUGCCGUCUUGAUGGGGGCCGACAGACAGACGGUGGAGGCCGAGAUGCAGAAAGUGCUCGAGUUUGAAACUGCUAUUGCAAAUGCCAGCACUCCGCAAAAUGAGAAACACGAUACAGGGGCUAGAUACAAGAAGAUUUCCAUUGGUGAAUUGGCUCAGAGAGUGCCUGCUUUUGAUUGGCUGAGAUACUUCAACAGAUUUCUACCAGACAAGGUCGACCAAUCAGAAAUGAUUGUCGUAUUUACAGAAAACUAUCUUAUCAAAGUAGUGGAUCUCGUUAAAAUCACAGACAAAAGAGUUGUAAGCAACUACAUCCUAUGGAGGCUGAUUCUGUUAUUCAUACCUGAGCUGACAACAGCAUUUCAAGAGAUUCAAAAUGAGUACAGGAAGGUCAUGCAUGAAGUAACCCAAAGUAAGCCACGCUGGAACAAAUGUGUGGAGUACCUUAAUGCUAGGCUUGGACCUGCAACUGGAGCCAUGUUUGUGCGGGAAAAGUUCAGGAAGGAAAGUAAACAUGUGGCAAUGGAGAUGAUCGCCAACUUGAGGGCUGCGUUCAUAGAGCUUCUUGAUGAGAAUAACUGGAUGGACAGCGAGACGCGGGAAGUGGCGCGAGAAAAGGCCCGAUCCAUACAAGAGAGGAUAGGGUAUCCAGACUACAUCGUGAACCCUGCAGAGUUGGACAGGAAACUGCAGUCGCUUGAUUUUAAGGCUGACCAGUUCUUCGAAAACAUACUGCGUGUGGAAAGAUAUGACGCAAACAGAACAAUGUCUUGGUUCAGGAAACCCCUAGACAAGGAAGUAUGGGACCAGGACCCAGCUGUGGUGAACGCCUUCUACAAUCCGAACACCAAUGACAUUGUGUUCCCAGCUGGGAUGUUCCAGCCACCUUUCUACAGUGAAUAUUAUCCAAAGUCUCUCAACUAUGGUGGUAUCGGAGUGGUUAUUGGUCACGAGAUCACCCAUGGCUUCGACGAUAAAGGUCGCCAGUUUGACAAAGACGGCAACAUGAAGCAGUGGUGGAAGAAUGAGACCAUUGAAGCCUUUCACCAGCGUAACCAGUGCAUCAUUGACCAGUACUCCAAUGUCAAGCUGAAGCAGAUUGGCAAAAACGUUGAUGGUAAGUACACUCAAGGAGAGAACAUCGCUGACAAUGGAGGCCUGAAACAGGCUUUCCGGGCUUACAAGAAACAUGAGCGUGUACACGGAAAGGAGUGGAUACUACCCGGUCUGAACAUGACCAACGACCAGUUGUUCUUUCUGAACUAUGCACAGAUCUGGUGUGGCACAAUCAGGGACAAGGCGGCCCUGGAAAAGAUGCGGACCUCAGUGCAUAGCCCUGGUCCAAUAAGGGCACAGAUACCUCUUGCGAACUCCUAUGACUUUGCCAAGGCUUACCAAUGUCCUGUUGGGUCUGAAAUGAACCCAGUGCACAAGUGUGCUGUCUGGUGAUCUGACACAGUAUGUUGCAAUGUAACCUGGUAUUGUGCAGUGCAACCUGUUAUGCUGGAGUGUAACCUAGCUGUUACGUUGGAUUCUAACCACAUGUAAUGUGUUUCAGUGUAACAUGUCAUAGGGGGGUGUAAUCUUUACAGAAAGUAUAGACCUGUGAAAAAGGAUCAUACAAAUUGAUAGCAAAUACCGGUAUGAAAUUACAUUCAAAGAUGUACACAUUGCUUUGAUAUAAUAUAGAAAAAUGUUCCAGAAAAAGUUUUGUUUUUUUUGUCUCAUAUGCGAAGGUGGUGUCACUAGAAUAAAGCAUUUUGUUUGAACAAGAAUACACCCUAAGUUUUUAUCAAAUCUGUGUAGCACUGAACAUCUUUGCUCGGCACACAGACAACACUUGGCAUCAAUCAAUAAAAAUGUGGCCAACACACAUUAUGUUGUGUCCCAAUUAUCUUGAAGUUCAAAAUGUGACAUUUAUUACAUUUUAUGGGGUUGUUCAAGUUGAAGUUACGCAAAUGUACUCCUAUGGGUGCAUUUAGGUUCUAGCUGCUAGGGAAUGGCUGCAGGACUUUGUGCAUGCAAUUAUAUAAAUUAUGUACAUAUAGAUUUCAGUUUAUCAAGACAUUGCCAAAAUAGUUGUAACAAUUAUGACAAUUCACUCUGCUUAAAACAGUGUUCAUACUGGAAAAUGUAUGGAAAACAUGUAGCAAUGAAAGCUGCAUGAGAAAUGGUGUACAGCUGGCAGAUAAAAUCAUGACUUGAGUACAGCUGCCAAGGACACAUUAGAAUAUAGAUUGAUUUUUGGUAUUGUUCAUUUGUGCCCAAAAAUAUUGUUGCUAAGGUAACUGUAUACGGCAUUUUAGGAGCUUAUGUUCAAAAAUGGUAGUAGACAUGGUUGUUAUGGCAACUGAAAAACCCAAAAAGUAUUGUUGUUAUGGGUAAAUGCAUGUGCAUGAAAUGAGGCGACGUCAUUCAGCCAAGAUUGACCAAUGUUUUGGAAAUUUUACAGCGCUAAAUGAAUUAAACAUAAGAGUUUAAAAUAUUUGCCAUGGCAUUUGUGAAACUUACAGUGUCAGUAUUGUUUGCAGAGUAUAUACUGAGAAGUAAAUAAUUGAUAGGUUAUUGUAAAGGACUUGCUUCAUUAUUGUAAAGGACUUGCCACUGUCAUGUUGUGAACAAGAAUUGGAAUUGUAAAUAAUAUUUGAAAUGAGUAUCAACUAAAUUUGGAUGAUGUUAUACCUCGGCUUUACAUGGUGACUGUGUUUAGUCAAUGCUUACAUAUUUUAUAUUUAUUGAUGAUAUGUUUAUGCUAAGAACUUUUGUUAUGUGUACAAAAUGACAAUUAUGUUUGAUUAGAUCUUUCAUUAAUGAUAUGUGUAUAAAAUGACUAUUGUUUAGGGCUUAGAUGUCUCAUUGAUAAUGUGUGUACAAAAUUACUGCAUAAGUUUUUUGCUUAGUUCUUUCAUUGAUGAUAUUUGAACAAAACACUUGUACCAGUACUUGUAAAAUGUCUUUUGACAUAUGUACCUUUGCGUGUCUCUUGAACAUUUCUUAGAUAUAUGUUUGCAAUCGUAUAGGGGGUUUGUAUAAAACAUUUCUCUCACAUGGCAUUUUCUAACAUUUUGUUAAGUCUUUUAUAGAAUUAUCUGUUAUAGAUCCCUCUCUCUCUCCAAUCUAUGUUUUGUACCUAAUUGUUUUGAUAUUUAAUUUAUUAUACACUUUUAAGCAAACUAUUAUAAUUGUGUGUCAACCAAUUAGUUUUUUAUCUAAAACAAAUUAUUUGUUAUAUCUUUAACUUAACACUUGUAAUUUGCUGCCGGACCUUAAAAUUAAAACCGAAAUUAAAGAUGAUAAUUUUGCACUGUUUGAUAUUUGGAAACCUCCCACCCCCCUAAAACCCAAUAAACAUUUACCAGCUUUCAUCAGAUUGUUUGAUAGUUUAGCUGAGACUUGAUUUGUGGUUGAGAAAUGAGUCCACAGUCAUUAGUGUCUUAAAUAUUUUGUCUAGUCAGUCAUUAUCAUAUUAUUUUCUGACAUGUGUAGUUGUGCUUUUUUGCUGAGCUAGUCGUAAACCUGUUGAUUAGUUGUCUCAUUCUGUUUAGAGUGUAGAUUUCAAAUCAUUUUUAGUCUUAACAUUAGAGGUAACUGGUUUUAAUCAAGAUAACAUUCUAUUCACUCUAUAUCUAGACUUAACUUGCUACACAUUGUCUAGGCGGCAACUGUAAUUUUGUGACCCGCUAAGAAAUUUUGCAGCCAGUAAAGUCGAGAUAUAAUCAUGUUCUUGCUAACACAGCUGGAAAGUGAGAGGCAUUUAAACAAUUAAUACAAGUGAUAAAGGGUAUCAAACGGCGAAAAAUUUCUGUCUCGGCAUGGAUGUCGCCAUCUUUUUUGUCACAUGAUAACCCCCUCUGUACAUUAGUUUAUUUUUUAAUUUUGUGAAGAUAUAAAAGUUAACUUGAAAUUGGGAUUUGUGACCAUGUUUAUUUUGAAGGCCAGAUGGGGGUAAUCAAUUAACAUGUACACGUCCGAUGUUCCAUGUGAAAGGAAAACUCAUUUUUGUGUGAUAAGAUUUCAGUUGAGUUGAUAUCAAAGGCAAAACUUCAAAAUAAUGCAAUAUUUAAAAGAAGACAACAUAUUUGAAGUGAAUAUACUACAUGUAUAUGAUAUGUCAAUCAUACAGUUUGUUUCCCUCAAAUUGCUGGCUCUGAUCAAUAGCUUUGAUUUUAAGUGACAUUAUUAACAUAUUUUGGGGGGAAGAAAAUCUUGUUUUACAGAAAUGUUAUUAUUACAACUUGUGUAUUUGUUAUUUUGUAGUUAUUUUGUGUACAUGUAUGUCUCAAGUAGAAAUAUGCUCAUUUUAGUAAUAAAUAUAUGCUUUAUAUAAAAUGAUUUAAAUGUAUGAAAUUGCAUAUCUCUUGUAUAACAAUUGUAUUGUUCUGUUUUUCAAUUUAAAACCUAUUUUAAAUGUAAAAUGUUUAAGGUUUCUUCAAAUUUUCAUUUACAUAAAUCGUUUUUAUGCCCCCGAAGGAGGGCAUAUAGUGAUCGGACUGUCAGUCUUUCCGUCACACUUUGCAUUUAGGUUUCGAAAAAUGCUCAUAACUUCUAUCUCACUUCAGAUAGCAACUUGAUAUUUGGCAUACAUGUGUAUCUCAUGGAGCUGCAUGGUGGUGAUAGGUCUAGGUCAAGGUCAUCCUUCAAGGUCAAAGGUAAAAAAAACGAAUUCAAGGGAAGUAAUAAGCUUUAAAGGGAGAUAAUUAUCUGUACCUGCCAAAUGAUAAAAAAAUAAAGAAAUCAAUCAAAGCGGGGCAGUAGGGGGCAUUGUGUUUCUGACAAACACAUCUCUUUUUGAAUAUAAUAUUUAUAUUUAAAUUUAACUAAAUAUAUAGUAACAUAAUAAUUAUGUAUGGUUUAAGAGUUCUAAUGACAAGAGAUGGAAUUCAGAAAUAAUCGUAAUCAAAUAUAUUCUUGUUUAUUUAUUAGUCAAUAAACAGUGAUUUGUUUUUUUUAGAAAUGGGCAUUUAUUAAAAGCAAAAGAUGUUGAUUGACUAAUAAAUAGCAAGACCAAAAUGUAUUAUCAUUCAAACAAGAUUGAUAAAUAUAAGUGUGCUUCAAAUGAAAACUAAAUAUUUGUGUUGUCUUUUGGAGCUUUGUUCUGCAUUGUGUCUAUGUUGGUAUCCUGGGAAAACUGGGCUUAUAAGUGCAUGUGCAUAAAGUGUCAUCCCAGAUGCCUGUGCAGUCUGUACAGGCUAAUCAGGGUCAACACUUUCUGCUUACAUGGAAUCGUUCAUUAAAAGGAAGUCUCUUAAUUGAAAAUCCAGAGUAGGCGGAAAGUGUCAUUCCUGAUUAGCCUGUGCGGACUUCACAUGCUAAUCUGGGAUGAUACAUUAAGAACAUGCACUAAGCCCAGUUUCCUCAGACCAAGGUUCAUGUAAAGGCAAGCAAGGAUCAUGUGAGGCUGUUACAUCAAAUGCAUAGCCCUUUACCUGUUAGAUACUUAUUUUGACGCUUUUGUAGUCCCUUAGCAAAUUAAAUUAAAUACUUUUCUUACUAGAUGCAAGUUUUAAAGGCUUCAUUUACAACCGUUAAGUACUGAGGAGCAGCAAACAGCAUAAAACCUGAAGAGAUUAGCAGUUACUCGCAGGCUGUUCUGGUUUUAUGCUGGUUGCAAAAGCCAUUGUCACUAAGCUUCUUAUGGGGGAAAGGCUUACACCAGC